AUGGACCUCUUAGACGGAUUGGACGACGUGACGCUGUUCCAAAAGCCGUUGGCCUCGGACUCGGAAGACGAGUCCAACACAAAUGGCCUCAACAUUGACUUGAACUCGAUUUCAAACACGCUAGGCAGUGAACAUUUAUCCAUCUUAUCCCGAGUCCAACAGAGAUUGCAAGGCAAAACGCCGGAAGACGAGCCACACGAUACCCAGCCGAUCGAGGGCGAUAGUGAGCAGUUCUCCGACUUGAAUGGCCUUUCUCUUGGAGCAUCCAUUCUCGGACUAGGAGCAGGUACUGAAGUCCAAAGAUUACCUCAGUUGGCGAUAGACGAGUCGGAGUAUAACGAGACUCAGCAAAUAAACGAGACUCAGCAAAUAGACGACACCCAGGCGGUAGGACAUGAUAUCACACAAAAAAGACUCGAUUCCACUCAGGCCAUCACCCAAAUAGCUGUGGAACCUACCCAAGUGGUUCCAGAGACCACCCAACCGAUCAGCGAGCACUAUGAUGCUACCCAAACCAUUGAAACCUCACAUACUGAAGUUCCAGACGCCCAGCCCAGAAUCAACUCGUUGUUCGAGCCAGAAGACGACGAGGAUGAGGUGGUAAUGACGAAACCACUUACUAAGGAACAACGACUUGCUCGUAUUGCCGAGCUUGCUGAACAAAAGAAGUUGGCAAGGUUGGAAAGAGAAAAGCAAUUGGAAGCCGAUAUCUCGCAUACAACUCUCACGGAUGAGGAGAACGAUUUAAACGAUGAAAAUGCAGUUGUCGACACCUCUGUGCUCAAGGAUAUCGUUUCUACCAAGCAAUUGGAGCAAGCAGAGGAAUUUAUCAACAUCCAAAAACGUCACAAGGACAUCAGACCCCAGUUCGAAAAGAAAAUUACCUUUACCAAGGAUAAACUCUUAUCAGCAUUUGACAGUGACGAAGAAGACAAUGACUCGAAACAAGAAGACUUGGGUUUGGGUGACGCGAAGUCGAGCCCCACCACAUCCCCUCUCAAACCAGCAUCCAAACCAGGCAUCGAGGCGGAUGACUUUGAUGUGUCCAACCUCAAACCGAAGGAGAUUGUGCCUCCCAUGUCUCCUACCCAGUCAAGAAAUCCAAUAGAAGCAUAUGCCAAUAAUCUCAAACGUUUGCUCUCGUCCCCUACCGGAGAAAACCAAUCCCACCAGAUCAACUUGGAUGAUUCUGAGUCCGAUCUUGAGUUAAUAGAAUCGAACUCCUCGCCAUUAAAGCCCAAAUCAACCGUGUUCGCAAGAUCUACCGAAUUGAAGAUUCCCGAAUUAUCCAAAUAUGAAAAGUUUAUGGUUAAACAAAAGUUUUCCAGAAAGAAGUACGGUAAAUAUAAGCCCAUGAAUCCUAGUGACUCUAAUGCUGGAGGUCAUAACCUGUUUUUAAAUAGUUUGAAAAAGGCUAAUAUCAAUCAGUUGAAAGCACACCAUUUGUCCAAUCCUAACCAUGAAAUACUUGCUGAAAUGGAAAAGGACGAAGAGGUGAUGGGUUCGUUAUUGGAAUGUGAAAUGGAGAGAGUCAGGAAAAUUCGUAAACAAGAAAAGUUGCGAGAACGGGCAAAAGCUGCCUUAUUAAGCCAAGACAGAGGAGAAGAAGAAGCAGAUGAAAGCGAGGUUCCUGAGAGUGACGUUGGUAGCGAGGUUCCUGAAAGCGAUGAAGAAGAAUAUGACGAUGACGAUGAAAAUGAAGCUGACGAUGAUGAUAAUGAAGCUGAUGAGGAGGGGGAAGUAGCUCUUCUCAAGCCAAGAAGAUCUAAACUAGUGAUAUCUGAUGACGAAAACGAGGAUGCAGUUACCCAAAUUAAGGAAAAAGAGACUGAUCAACCGGUUAGACACGAUGACAGCUACAUGUUUGGGGGUAAUCAAAAUGAAGACUCCUUGAUAAACGAAGAUCUUAUUACUACUGAAUCUCCAGAUGUUCGCCCUGAUCAAUUCGAAAUGCAAAGGCCAGAAUAUAUCGGGCCAUCCCAGCUCCAAAGUGAAUACAAGCUAUUCCAGAAUUUGCAACCACGAGUUAAAUCUUCGCAGCCAUUUUCUCAAGAGUCUAGCCAGUUACAAUCGGUCAACUUAGGUAGACUGUUGCCUGACUUCAAGGAUGCAAGUGAACCAAGCACACAGACACAGGUGGACACUCAUACUCAAGUUGAUCCCACGCAGAAUGAUAGCCAUACUCAAUUAAUAGAUGAAGUCAACCCAACUAACGUGGAGAAGGGUAGGGAACAAAUGAAGAGCAUUCUAGAAAAUAUUAGAGAAGGCGACCAUGAAGAGGAGGAUGAACAGGAAGAUAACGAGGAAGAUCCAGAGCUUCUUCAACAAAGAAUCAAAGAAUAUGAGGAUAAAAUCCGUAAACGAGAAUUGAAAAUGCGCAAAAAGAGAAAAGAAUUGGAAAGAAAAGGUAUCAAGAACAUAGUUGAAGGAGAAGCUGAAGAAUCGGAAGAUGAAUGGCAUGGUUUAGGAGGUGAUGAUGGUGAAUUAUCAGAUUACCAAGUUAAUUCAGAGGAUGAAAGAAUGAUUGAUAACAAUUUUAACAUAGACUUGAAAAAUGACGAGAUCAGGAAAAAGUUCAUGGAGGAUUACCAGAUCAAGGAUAAAAAAGACUUGGAAAAAUUAUUAGAUGAUAUCAAAAACCACAGGUUGACUAAGAAGGUAGCCGGAAACGGGUUCGAUAUUGAAUUGAGUGAUGAAGAAGAUCAAAUUUUGGCUGCUUACAGAAGACAGAAGAUUAUGGAGCAACAAGAUAGAUUGGCCAAAAACAAGAAAUUGCAGGCGUUAUCCAAAAACGAAAAAAUGAAGGCAUUCUUCGCAUCUAUCCAAGAAAACAACUCAGUAAUCAAAUUAGAUGAGGAUGACGAUGACGAUGAGGUUGAUGAAGCGAAGGACGAUGGAGAAAUCAAGGAAAAGGACGAUGAUGAAGAAGAAGAAGAUAAAGAGCUGGAAGUAGAGGAAGAACCACUAAAGAAAACAAUUCGUAUUGAAGAAUCUUUCGUUCAAAAACAAUUGUCCUUCUUGGUUUCAGGAAAUGAUGAAGAUGGAAAUUAUCAUAAGAUCCAGAAAUUAUCCAAUCUUCAGCACGGCAUUGAGUCUGAUGAUGAAGUCGAAGACUUGCAUUCGUUGAAGGCACGGAGUUUGAGCUAUUUGAAUAGCACUAGAUCCGAAAGCCCUCUUGCAGAAGACACCAGAAAAAGAAGCAUUGAUGAAGCAAGCUUGACCGAUGCCGAUGAGGAUGAAGAUUUCAUGCCCUCGUUCAAGAAGCCUUCCAUAAUCAAGUCCUUUAAGUCUUUCCAGGAUCAACAGCGUGUUCAAAUUAAGGACGGCAAACAACAAUUCUCGGGUGUCACUGUCAGCAAACAAUACAAAGUGGCAUCUGGCUCGAAGGCUUCUAUUACUUACAUGUCAAGAAACAAAACCGCUACAAAGGAGGUUACAAGCUUGAGGGAAAGAAGAAUAGCGAAGAGUUUGCAAAUGUCCAAAGAGCUGGGAAAGAAGUUGUUCAUGAGUGGAGAGUUCGAAUGA